UGGCGUCCGGGCGGGUAGGGAGGCAGGCGGACAAGCGGGCGGUUCCGCCGGCUGCUGCUGCUGCGGUGCGGAGCGGAGCGGAACGGCGGGUGACGCUUCCCGCAGAGCCAGGCGGUCGCCCCGUUGCCGACCCUCGGUGGAGAACAGCAGGCGCGCAGGAGCACCUGAACCAGACUGGCAGAUUUCUUGGCUGAGGAAGGCAGAAGCGGAAGGUCACCUCAUGGCCAACAGCUCACUCCUCUCUAAAGACAACCACCAUCCAUCUUCUCUUCCAUGUACUUUGAAUCGGCCUGUUUAUUGUUUUACCUGCGCGUGGAGCAGAUGAAAGGGGCACCCUCUGAAGGGAAUGUUUGGUUCACGCGGGCAUGCCGGAGAGAAGAUUAAUAUAGAAGAAGAGAGCUAUAUUUGGAAGUGAAAUAUAGAGACACCUUCUCCAAUCUAUGCUAGUGUGAAGUAUCUCCUGCUGUUCCUCAUAACCUUCUUAGUUUGACUUCAUAGCAAUGUCCCUCAAGUUCUUCGUCCAAGACUCAAUGGCCUCUGCACCACAGUAGCUUCUUCUGAGCUGCUGCAGCACCAAGAGGAAGAUGCUGGACUUGAGCUUCCUCACUGAGGAGGAGUAUGAAAAGCUCUUACACGUGCUGCAGAGGGAUGCAGAGCUCAAGAAAAAAGAUGGCGACCGGAUCAGGAGGUUGCGAGACUCACUUAAGGAUGAAAAGAAGAAGAAAUUUGUGACCGGGGAAUGGUUUCACGAGGUGAAGGCAAAGCGGUUUCAAGAAGACUUGGAAGGGUCAGAUUUACUUCGAGUUUCAAUUAGAAAGAAACAGAGUGGCACAGAUCAUGAAACAAUUGAGCGUGCCCGAGAAAGUCUGGAAGGCGGAACGACACUUUUGCCCUCGGAAGCUACAGCUGUACCCUUUCCUGAAUCGGAAGAAGACAGACCACGGGAACCGGUUUUGGAUUCUGCGGAAGGAUGUCAAAUGAAACAUAACCCAAGGCUGAGGCUGUCGACCCAGCUGUCCACUGAAAAGAAAUCCAGUCUAGAAGAUAUUUCUCCAGCAGACAGCGGGGUUGGUGUAAGUCCAUUCUUGGCCACAAGAAACAACUCACUAGGAAAUGGCAAAGACCCUGAAGGAUGCUCGGUGUUUUUUGCAAAGCCUUCUGGAAAGGAUCCGAAUGACUUAACUUACCUGGCCGGCGUGGAUGUUCCUGAUAUUCCUGAUGCAGGAAGCCCAUCAAUCCAGCCCACUGCUCAGGAAAAAACGAGUCCUUCCAGCAAGAUACCAGUGAAGACAAAGAGGCUAUCCCUGAAGAGCUCCAAAUUGCCCUCUCUUGAAUGGGAUGACGGUCUCCUGAAACUAAGUGGCAAUUAUACUAUCUCAUCUCUCAGUAAUAAAGGUGAAGAGAUAAGCCUAGACCGGGAACACUUCAAAAAUCUUAAGAACUUCUGGGAGAAGGGAGGAGAAUCGGCCUUAACUAAAGAUACGCCUCAGAAACCCUCCGAAAAAGCCAGCGUGGUGGAAGUCAAUGGAAGGCCACCCAGACUGAGACGGUCGACCUCGGUACAAUCCAACCAGAGCCAAAACAGUGACGAAAAGCCGGGUUCUCAUAUCUACUCCAAAGCCCGGAUCCUUCCCAAAAGAACUGCCACCUUAUCUUCCAGUGAAGAUGAGCCUGUUUACAUCGCACCCCCCAGAAAAGGAUCGGGGUCCUGUAUCCCCAGAUCCACCUAUGGUGGGAGCAAAGGGUCAGUUCAUAAAAACAACUCGAAUGACGGGAACGGGAAGCAACAUUCGGUGGAAGAAGAGAAGAAAGCACCGCGUUGCCCAAGGAGGUCCAAGCUGCCCGUUCGUGUGCCUUCCCUUAAAAUUGAAUCCCCAACCAAAGAGCCGAGCGGGAUCAUUUUUGAACCCGAGACGCCCGCAGACGAGUACGUCAUGGCUGAUGAAAGCAGACGUAAGGCAGAUUCGUUGGUGGGCCGGGUUAAAAUAUUAAUAGAGUCAGCAUCUUUGGAGGAUCUUGAUAAAGUGACUCUGGAAAAUAAUCCAGACACUCGAAACCACCUAGAAACGAAUGAAGAACCGCGUGGCAAUAAGCCUUGCGCUCCUGCGAGCGACCCCCUGCAAAAUGAAGCUGCUGAUGAAAGAGAAGUCAUUCAAGAACAAGAUUAUUCUGCAUUGUCAGAGGGAAACGGGUAUUGCUCGGCCGUUGCUAAGAGGAUGCCCCCCACCCAAACGGGCUCUGUGCCCCGCCAAGAGUAUAUCAACCUGCCAACAUUCAAAGUACAGGUUGUCUUCUCAUGGUUUGUCCUCUUCUCCCCACCCCCAGCCUACAGUAAGCCUCAAAUGCUAACUCAGCAGUACCUGGAACCGGAGAGAGCCAAAGAUUUGAGCAGAUCCACCCCCCUCCUUCUCUCAGAGACAGAAUCUGAUACCGCUUCAGAAAUCAGCUUCCAGUUUAGCAGGCACAAGAAGUCACCAAGUAUGGGCAGCCAUUCCUCUGACAUGGCUUCUGUCUCCUCGGUGAGCGGCAGCAUUCUCAGUGUGUACAGUGGAGAUUUCGGAAGUGUCGCCGCGCAGGGGCAAGUUCAGUUUGCCUUGGACUACGACGAGAAAAACCGAGAAUUCCAAAUCUAUGUCUCCCAGUGCAAAGAUCUGGCUGUUGUGGAUGAGAAGAAAGCCAGAACAGACCCGUACGUCAAAACCUAUCUGCUUCCUGACAAAGCUCGGAUGGGCAAGAGGAAAACAUCAGUGAAGAAGAGAACCAUCAGCCCUGUUUACAAUGAGGUUUUGCGGUAUAAAAUAGAGAAAAUGGUUUUGCUGAUUCAAAAACUGAACCUUUCAGUGUGGCAUAACGACCCUUUGGGACGAAACAGUUUCCUUGGGGAGAUGGAAAUUGACUUGGCGAGCUGGGACUGGAGCAACAACAGAUUGAAUUGGUACAUGCUCAAACCACGGAGUUUGUCUACCCUCAAUUGUGCUGACCACCGAGGAGUCAUGAACCUGUCCAUUAAGUAUGUGCCGCCUGGAAUCCUAGGUUGGAAGUCCCCUGCGUCUGGUGAGGUCCAUAUCUGGGUCAAGGACACCAAAGAUCUUCCACAGUUGCGCCCCUCUGGAGUAGAUUCCUUUGUGAAAUGCUAUGUCCUUCCAGACACCAGCAAGAAAAGUUAUCAAAAGACCCGAGUGAUCAAGAGAGAUUCAAACCCCAUUUUUAACCACACAAUUGUAUAUGACGGGUUUCACACGGAAGAUCUCAAAGACGCGUGUGUCGAGCUGACUGUCUGGGAUCAUGAAAAACUGACCAAUCAUUUUCUCGGCGGAAUACGACUAGGGCUUGGAACAGGCUGCAGCUAUGGGAUUGCCGUGGACUGGAUGGAUUCCACUCAAGAGGAAAUGGCUUUUUGGCAGGAAAUGAUGACAACAGCCAAUGAAUGGAUUGAAGGCACACUGCCUUUGCGCUCCUUAGCUGGGAAAAGGAAGCUGAAAUGAAACCACUGGCUCCUAGCUAAGAACUGAAGCCCGGUUUACAGACAGAGAAGGUCCGUCAACUGCCAUCAAUUGGCCAGCUUGCAGACACUUCCCGACAUCUUUGGAAAAUGUUAAGAGCUAAGUAUUAUUUCUUAUCCCAACGGAGGACUGAAAAACUAUAAUGCUCUUAACCAGAUUGCAGCUUAGCUAAAUGGCAAAGAAUAACUACUGUUUACCUCUCUAUGUAGUAGAUGAUAGGUUUGAUUAAAUAUUGGGUAUUUUACACAAAGGGCAGGGAAGAAAAGAUGUGAAUAUUUUAUAGGCUUUAAAAAAAAUCAUGUUACUGUUUUCAUGACGCCUGGAUGUUUUUCUUAUGCGAGGCAAGUUAUAAUGAAACCAUGGUUAACUCUGCCCGUACAUCCGCCGGCAAGCACAGUAACACAAGAACUUUGAUGCAUAAAAGUCUGAUGUGAAUGUAAUGUGAAAAAUGUACAUUAGGAUAUAGGUGGCUGCUUUAUGAUGAAUCGGUCCUUGGCCCAUCUGUCUACACUGGAGCUAGUUAGAAGCUGGAUCACUGCCUACCAACCGGACAACGGCCGACAUUCUGAUGGACCACUCAAAGUCUCCUGGUUGCUGGGACUUGUGCAAAGAAUGCUGGAUUUGAUUUUAUCUGGCAGGGCACCUCUUCUGUGGUGGUUUUCCUCAUGAUCUCUUAACAAAGGUGAAUUGUGAAGAUGAAUUUUAAAAACACAACUGACUUCUGACAUUUAAAAGCUACCAGUAGUCCAUGGGGAUUCUAGUGAAGAAAAUGAAGACGGGACACAACCGAGCCGUAGUGAGGGGGAACUGCACCCAGGGCACACGUGCACCCCUGCCAUGCCCCCACCACCUCGCCCCCGCACCAGUGCACGCUCUGAGUGUCACACACCUCCCCCUUGGCGCUACGCCACUGGGACACAAACACGGAGGCGAUUCCAGCGUUCCGCCAUUAUCAACUGGCAGAAGGCGACAAGCAGAGGCCUUUGCCAGCUCACUUGCCCGAGAUGGAGCUUGGAAUCGUCUUUACAAAACGUUUUAUUCUCUGCUAAAAACCCGUUUCAGGACAAAGAUGACAGUGCAGUUGUGCGCUCUUCUGUGGAAGUCGGAGCAGCGUGUUCCCACGUUGUCAAGAAAGAAAAUGUGGGAAAGGAAAUGGCGGGCACAACUGUGCAAACAGGCGGGUCUUGCUAAUAGGCUUCCGGAGCAAUAUAAAUGCUAUUAUAACAAAGUGCUGUGUGUUCCCGUUGCAUAUCAUAACGGUUUCGACAGAAGCGGCAAUUAAAUAAGCUUUUAAAAUGCUGCCAGAGAAUUGGAAGGGUCGAAGGCAGGCACUAGGAUCCCGCAGAACAUUGCAAUACAGGAAGAUGUGGCUGUUUACUGCGCACUUCUCAUGCCAACUUUAUCCUGAAAAGGGCAUAGGAGCUACAGCCAUGAAUGCUGUUUUUCUCUGAAAUAGAUCUGUUCUUUAGUUGAUGCCUUGAAUUGAAUUGGCCAAAAUUUGCUUGAGCUGUCUUCCCUGUCAGUGCAAAUUGAAUGAAGUAAUCUGUUCGAGCCAAAACUUUUCACGCGGUCAGGAUGCCUGGCCCACCACAAUAAUAUAUUUAGGUACUACGUAA